AUGGCUACUGGUGCAACCCUUGAUUUGGUGUCACACAACCAUGUAGGAGUAGUUCUUCCAACUUCUCUAAAUGAAAUGGAUCAGAAGCAAACCCAAGUAACCGAAGAAUAUGCCAAUUAUGUUGACUAUUCACAAAGGGCUCAAUGGCUUCGUGCAGCGGUUUUAGGGGCCAGUGAUGGGUUGGUUUCGGUUUCUUCAUUGAUGAUGGGUGUAGGAGCUGUUAAAAGAGAUGUUAAAGCCAUGCUACUUGCAGGUUUUGCAGGAUUAGUAGCUGGUGCUUGUGGCAUGGCAAUAGGAGAGUUUAUUUCUGUGUACACUCAGUAUGAAAUUGAGGUUGGUCAAAUAAAGAGAGAUAUGAGUAUGAGAGUGGAAGGAGAGAAAUCCUUGGAGAUGGAGAGGGAGAAAAGAACAUUACCUAAUCCAUUGCAAGCUGUUUUGGCAUCUGCACUCUCAUUUUCUAUAGGUGCAUUGGUGCCUUUACUUUCAGCUGCUUUCAUAACAGAUUACAACAUAAGGCUUAUUAUGAUUGUGGCAAUGGCUAGUUUGGCUUUGGUGGUCUUUGGAAGGGUGGUGGCUCAGCUGGGAAAGACACCAAAAGUUAGGUCUUGUAUAAGGUUCCUUCUUGGUGGAUGGGUGGCCAUGGUUAUCACUUUUGGGUUCACCAAAUUAUUGGGUGCUAGCGCUUUGGAAAAUUGA